UCUCCCGGCCCAGGCCCGCGCGGCACGCUCCGCGGGUUGCAGACCCCCAGAGCCGAGAGCUGGGGUUGGGAGCCGGCGACUCCAAAGCCCUCGGUAACUUCCCGGCCUUGUAACCCCACCCCGUAGCACACGGCCUCCCCUGAAGCUGGAGAGAGACACCUUGGUCCCCGCCCCUCAACAGGUCACCUCUCUCCACGCCCCUUUGCCUUGGCCCCGGCAGCCGGCAGGCAGGGAAGUGUCGUAAACUAGGCCCAGGAAACUUUACCCGGGGUAACAGCCGAGGCGCUUUACGGCGACGGCGCUGAGUGUGAGCCUCGGUGGCGGCGGACGCGGCCGCUUCGGCGAAGGAGGCGGCGGCGGUGGCUGAGGAAGAGGAGUGGCGGCAGCGGCGGCGGGGACCCGUGCGGGGAUGGCGGAGGUACCGCCUGGGCCUAGCAGCCUCCUCCCACCACCAGCACCUCCGGCCCCGGCGGCGGCUGAGCCCCGCUGCCCCUUCCCGGUGGGGGCCGCCCUCGCCUGCUGCAGCGAGGACGAGGAGGACGACGAGGAACACGAAGGCGGCGGCGGCAGGAGCCCCGCGGGCGGCCUGGAGACAGCGGCCAGGAAGCACGCGUGCCUCCACUGCCCUCAGCCGUCGCAGGAGCAGCAGCAGCUGAACGGACUGAUUAGCCCCGAACUGCGGCACCUCCGGGCGGCCGCCUCCCUCAAGAGCAAGGUCCUGGGUGCAGCCGAGGCGGCCACGGCCACCUCUGAUGGGGGCUCUAGAGCGACUGCAACAAAAGGAACCGGGGUACACUCGGGCGAGAGGCUCUCCCAUUCCCUCCCCAAUAAUGCCAGAACUGCGGUCCCCAGCCCGGCAGAGGCGGCGGCGGCGGCGAGCGACCCCGCGGCGGCCCGCAAUGGACUCACCGAGGGCACCGAGCAGGAGGAGGAGGAAGACGAGCAGGUGCGGCUGCUGUCUUCGUCCCUGACUGCCGGCUGCAGUUUGAGAAGCCUCUCGGGCAGGGAGGCUGAGCCUGGGGAGGAUCGGACGAUACGAUAUGUCCGAUAUGAAUCUGAGCUACAAAUGCCGGAUAUCAUGAGACUGAUCACCAAAGAUCUGUCAGAACCCUACUCCAUUUAUACCUAUAGAUAUUUUAUCCACAACUGGCCACAGCUGUGCUUCUUGGCCAUGGUAGGGGAGGAGUGUGUAGGUGCCAUCGUUUGCAAGUUGGAUAUGCACAAAAAGAUGUUCCGCAGAGGUUAUAUAGCCAUGUUAGCCGUGGAUUCCAAGUACAGGAGAAAUGGCAUUGGUACUAACUUGGUUAAGAAAGCUAUAUAUGCCAUGGUGGAAGGAGACUGUGAUGAGGUUGUUUUGGAAACAGAAAUAACGAAUAAGUCUGCUUUGAAACUUUAUGAAAAUCUUGGUUUUGUUCGAGAUAAGAGGCUGUUCAGAUACUAUUUAAAUGGAGUUGAUGCACUGCGACUUAAACUUUGGCUGCGUUGAGAAACUGACAUCGAGGAACAACUUCAGCCACACAGAACCGACCUUUGCAUGCAAUGCAAUUUGUACAGAAUUGCUUUGCAGGGGGAUUUAGUAAUUUUCAUGCAGCUCUUAUCUGUCAGUGUCUCAUUGAGUGUCGCACAAUAUUUGUUGCACUUUGGCAUGGCACAUUUGUUCUGAAUUAAAAGAGAUUGUUUUAAACUUCAAGAGUUCUUUUGGUACCAACAAGAUGUGCCACUUGAUAGCCAAGAUUUGUUUGUUCGUUUGCAAAGUCUGCUGACAAUGUUAUUUACACAGUGGUCAUUUUAUCACAGAACCAGUAAGUGGAACGUGACUUUUUGUUCCUUAAAAAAAAGCCAAUGUGGAUUGUAAAAGUCAUCACGUAUACUAACAUUUCACACAAAACCUGCCCUAGUUUUCUGAAGGGAGUGAGUGAAAAGCUUAAAUUUUAGGUUUUUUCCCCCAAUAUUAAAUUUUACAUUCUUGAAUAUUAGUAUCUCAGUGAUUAGUGAAUGAAAAAAAUGUAGGGUGGGUUAUGUCUUACAAUGAGUAAAGAGAACAGAUUGUGUCUCCAGUGCCUGUGUAGAUAAGCAUAUUUGUCUUCAUCUCUAGUUUUUGAAUGCAUGCUGUUUUUUCUUUAAUGCCUUUGCAAGCAAACUUUUGUUUUUAUUUAAAUUCUAAAUUUGAUAAUAAAUUAUUUCAGAUUUUUAUAAUUUGGAUACUUUUUCCAGGUAAGUGACAGAAUGGUUUACUUUAGAAGUCUCCUCUUUCCUUACAGUAAGAAGUUGAAUCUACUUGGAAAAAAUUGUGAAGUAGCUCAAAAGAGAUGCAAAAAGUUGAUGGAGCCAGGAAUUGCUGGGUUUUGGAUGCACUUUUUUUUUGAGAGUGAGGGAAUUUUUGGAAAAGAAUAGAAAGUUAAUGUAAAUCGAUCUGAUUUUUAUUUAAUCAAAAUUAUUGCUAAGCUGUGAAGAACAGCUUUUACAAAGUAGCUGGAAUUUGUUUAUCCCCUUUGAUCUGGAUUCACAUUGCUUCCAUUUCUUAAAAUGCUUCACUUUUGGUUGUUGGUCUUAGAAAUAAAUUUCAGGGUGUAUUGUAUCCAUUUAAGCUGCUUUUAUUUUGUUUUCUCUUGUAUAAGGAAACUCUAGGGGAGCUUUGCUUUGUUCCUCCAGAAAAACAAAAGGGGGAAAUGAAUCUCUUUUUUUGGUAUGAGUUCUAUGGGUUUUCUUAAUAGCCACCAUGUUUAUUAGUUACAUUGUGUUUUGGCCAGUUAGUAUAAUGUAACAAAUUUUAAAGUUAAUUGCUCUCAGUUGAGUCAGUAAACCUGUGUUGGAUAAUUUAUUUAACUGGAAAACCUAGGUACCCAUAAGAAAAAAGAUUCAUUCUCUGUGAAAAAUGUUGUUGGCAUCUCUGUUGUUGUGUUCAUUGAAUAUGCUUUACUUCUGCUCUAGGAUUUGGUUUGAAUUUUAUUUUAUGGCUCUAAUUACUGUAUUUAAAAAAAAAUACCCUACCUCCGUUCACAGUUGGUAAAGGCCCCCUUUCAGGAGAGUUUAUUGUUUCUUUUUUUUCUUUUUUUUUUUUUUUUUAAAGGAAAGCUGCUCCUUGCUCAGAAUAGUGUUUUGAAAGUGAACGUGAUUACAAGUACUUUUAAAAUAAAGAUGCACAAUUUAUAUUUGAAAAUACUUCCUGCUGAUGGGAUCAUUCAUAGUUCUUUAUUCUUAAAGAAAACUAUUUCUUUCCAUUGUAUGUUGCUCUUGAGAGUUUAAUGGGCAGAAUACUGGUUAUGUUAAAAAUAAAAUGACCAAACAGUACUCAGCUUUUCAGCUGAUCAUUUUGUUUUUGGUCAAACUUCAUUUGGGUUCUAGCAUUUAGAAGACCAAUCAUAGUGAUGUUUCUGUUCUUCUAAUAUGAAGGAAAAACUGAACUAAAACAUUUAUUUCAUCAAAUUUUAUUUCACCCCUUUAUAUUUAACUUACUGGUUCAUAGGUAAUGGUUUAUGAACAUACAUAUGUGUGUGUGUGUGUAUAUAUAUUCUCUUGACUCACUAAUGGGGACAGUUGAAAAGUAGAUAUAAGUGAGGUUAUUAGUUCAGCCAUUUUCAUGUUUUUGUUAGGUUGUCAACAAAACCAUCACUACUGAUCUUUUCCCCUGUAAUUGCUGAAUUGACCUAACUGAUUGGGCGUUUGUGACCUUAACUGAUGUGACUAAAAAGUCAAUUAGUUACCAUGUUGUUUUACUAAGUGUGUAUUUACUAUCAGUGUAGACUGUAUGUUUUUAACUGGGUAUCCAAAAAUUACAUCUACUUUAAGUAGAUUAAAAUGUUUAAUCUCUAGCAUGAGAUAAUAUCACAGGUAGAAGUCUCCAAGUUGUAGUAUCAAACUUUAAUUUACUUUUUCAUAUUAGGUUUUUAUUUUUCAUACAAGUUUAAAACCAUCCCAUUUGUAAUUGAUAGAGUGGGUUCACUUGGCUAAAACUGAGCAAAAUUGGUGCAACUUUCUUUUAAUGGGGUGCUGCCUCUUUAAGACUGACUGUACUAUUCACUGACACUGGUUUGGCAGUUGGUACUGCUGAACAUUUUAUACAUGCUAGCAUGAAGCUAUAUAUGUUAGUAUUGAAGAAGCUAACGGGUAUACUACCAUUUUUGAUGUGCUGAUUAUAAUUUCCCUAACAUUGGGAUGCCACUACUUUAGAAUAAAGUCCACAGAUCUGAAACCAGGCAGUAGUUUUUGAAGUUGAAACCAGCAAAAUAAGAAAAGCAGAAAUAAUUACUAUUCAAAAAUUGGUUUUACUAUUUCCUGCCUCUCUUCCCUAAAUUGCCCUCCCCACUUGCUCGACAAAUCUGUGUAAAGGAGUUUGUUUGUCACAUGUUUUAACCUUACCCUGCCCUGUGUUAUGGUAUUGGCUGACAUGUAUAGGACUGGAUGUGUAUAUUUAUUAUGGUGUCUAAAAAUCAUGAAGUUCAUCACUUUCCAGGAGCAUAGAUAAGUCAACUUGGUAGUGCAUCAGAGUUACUGUUCAGUGCACCGUGACAUCACUAAAAUGAGUGCUAUAAUGUUGCAGGGCUUUCAGGUUUGUAAAGACAUAACUAUAAAUUAUAUUGACGUCAGAUAUGAGUUGAGUAUCUAUAAAAUAUCACGUGUAUCUCAAAAAUAUUGGACUGCUAUUUGAUGACUGGAUAUUGCUGCAUAAUUUUCUUCUAUUGUCCCAUAUCAUUUUGAAGAGAAAGAUUUAAUGGGAUUUGAAAUGUGCAAGUUGUCUAAGAUGCAGUCAAAUAAAGUAUGGUUAAGUUGUGUUUGCAUUUUU